AUGGGCUUCGCGACAGUGGAAAGCGGAUGGGAUGGGAUGCCUGGGCUUGGGGGGGGGGGAGCUGAUCUCUGUAACGCCCUCAAGGGUUGGGGGUUUGAUGAAUUGGCACUGUUGAAGCACCCAGGUACCCAGGCGCCUAAUCACCAAGCCCUGAACUUCCCUGCUCUUGGUUCAAUGACACCCCAACGGCUUAAAGCAAAUCAAGAGCGACAGUCCGCGGAAAGUUUGCCUCAAGUCUUGGUAGCGGACCGAAAUGUCUUAGUCAACCUUGGAACCCCUCCCAUCUCCAAACCCCCCGCCCAUCAACACCACCACCUCCACACAGUAUCAAAUCUUCCCCUCCACCACUUGUCAUAUUCACCCUUGCACUUCUCCAGCCAUCAGAAACAAAUAACAUCGUCCAUGAUGGAGCUCCCAUUCAAGCUAGACGACAAUGAGCUAUUCUCGCCCAAAUGCUACGUCCACGGGGCAUGGGUCGGCACAAAAGCCAACAAGAACUUCGACAUAGAAGACCCCGGCACAGGAAAGGUCUGGGCGUCCUGCCCAGACAGCGAGGCCGUCGACGUUGACGCCGCAGUGCAGUCGGCCCACAAGGCCUUCGAGACAUACAGCAAGCUGACCCCGCGCAAGCGCGCAGAGCUGCUGAUGAAGUGGCACACGCUGAUCGUCGCGGCGCGCGACGACCUGGCGCGGAUCCUCGUCUACGAGACGGGCAAGCCGCUGGCCGAGGCGCACGGCGAGCUCGACUACAGCCUGGGCUUCACGUGGUGGUUCUCGGGCGAGGCGGACCGCGUCCAGGGCAGCGUGUACAACAGCGCCGCGCCGGGGCGGCGCACCUUCGUCAUCAAGCAGCCCAUCGGCGUCGCCGCCGCCCUGUGCCCGUGGAACUUCCCCAUCGCCAUGGUGCUGCGCAAGGCGAGCGCCGCGCUCGCGGCCGGGUGCACCAUGAUCGUUAAGCCCAGCCCUGAGACGCCUAUCACGACGCUCGUGCUGGCGAAUCUGGCCACUCGUGCCGGGUUCCCGCCUGGUGCGCUGAAUGUGUUGACCACGAGUCUGGAGAACACGCCUGCUGUGGCGGAGGCGCUGUGUCUGCACCCUCUGGUGAAGAAGGUGACUUUUACUGGCAGCACUCGAGUCGGCAAGAUCAUCUCCGGGUUGUGCGCGAAGAAUCUGAAGAAGGUGACACUCGAGCUCGGCGGAAACUGCCCAUUCAUCAUCUUUGACGAUGCAGACUUGGAGCAGGCGCUGGGUCAGCUGAUGACGCUCAAGUGGAGGCACGCCGGCCAGGCUUGCAUCUCUGCGAACCGGGUGUUCGUGCAGAGUGGCAUCCACGACAAAUUUGUAGAGACUCUAGCAGCCAAGACGAAGCAGCUCAAGGUCGGUCAUGGUAUAGAGGACGGCACCACUAUGGGCCCGGUCACUACGCCGCGAGGCCUGGACAAGGCGGAGCACUUGCACUCUGACGCGGUAUCGAAAGGUGCCAAGGUCAUCAUGGGCACGGGAAAGCGAGAGGCUGCCACAAACGGUGCGACGGGCUACUUCAUGAAGCCGACCAUCCUCACAGACGUGACGGAUGAGAUGGAAUUGGCGAGGGACGAGAUGUUUGCACCUGUUCUCGGUGUCUUCAAAUUCGAGUCUGAGGACGAAGCAGUCAAGAGGGCUAACGAUACGAGCAUGGGGCUGGCGAGCUAUGUCUUCACCAAGAAUAUUGACCGUCUGUGGCGGAUGUUUGAGAGGUUGGAAGCCGGGAUGAUCGGUCUGAAUACUGGCAAUCAGUCUGCGGCCGAGUCCCCAUUUGGGGGCAUCAAGGAGAGCGGCAUGGGCAAAGAGAGUGGCAAGGACGUUGCGGUCAAUGAGUUCUUGAUCCAGAAGACCGGAACACUGACGCUGCAGGAUCACUACUGA